AUGUGCUCUAUACUGGGACAGCUGAUGGGAAGAUUAUCAAAAUUGAAGAUGGGGAAGUGCACACAGUAGCCAGAAUUGGCCAUGGUCCUUGUGGAACCCGUGAAGAUGAGCCAACGUGUGGAAGACCACUCGGUAUCAGAGUGGGGCCAAAUAACACACUCUUUGUGGCAGAUGCUUAUUAUGGAAUCUACGAAGUUAAUCCUGGUACAGGUGAAACAAAAGUGCUUGUGUCAACCAAAACACCAGUUGAAGGUCAGAAGUUGUCAUUUGUGAACGACCUCACGGUGACCCGGGAUGGGAGGAAGAUCUACUUCACUGACUCCAGCAGCAAGUGGCAAAGACGAGACUACCUGCUCUUGGUUAUGGAGGGCACAGAUGAUGGGCGCCUGCUUGAAUAUGAUACAGUAACAAAAGAAGUGAAAGUCUUAAUGGUGGGGCUGAGGUUUCCCAAUGGUGUCCAGCUCUCUCCUGCAGAAGACUUUGUCCUGGUGCAGGAGUUAACCAUGGCUAGAAUCAGGAGGUAUUAUGUGUCUGGGCUGAUGAAAGGUGGAGCAGAUAUGUUUGUUGAGAAUAUGCCUGGUUUUCCAGAUAAUAUCAGGUUAAGCAGCUCUGGAGGAUAUUGGGUAGCUAUGUCAGCUCUCCGGCCCAAUCCUGGAUUUUCUAUGUUGGAUUUCUUGUCUGAAAAACCAUGGAUUAAAAAGAUGAUAUUUAAGUUGCUGAGUCAGGAAACUGUGACAAAGCUUGUGCCGAAAUACAGCCUCGUUAUUGAACUCAGUGAGACAGGAUCCUACAGGAGAAGCUUUCAUGAUCCCAAUGGAGUGACAGUGGCGUAUGUUAGCGAGGCACAUGAGCACAAUGGAUAUCUUUACCUGGGCUCCUUCCGGUCUCCCUUUAUUUGCAGACUUAAUCUUCAGGAUGUUUAACUGUCCAUCCAUGAUCAAGUGCCACUGUCCUGUAAUCCUCUAGAGGUACAAAGGAAGUAUGUGCUCGAGGCAACGUGUGAUCAAGGACAGAAAGUCUGUUAAUGUGCAGCAGGACUGUUCUCUUGCCAUAGGAAGAUGUACAGCUUGCUGUACUUGUCCUGUUCCUUGGUUUGGCUGCUCUUGCUUUGGAGUUGGCAUGCAUAAUUAUUAAUAUCUG